AGUGUUUUACUCGAGGUGAGAAAAGCUGGACCUUGUUGGGCCACACCUGACCCCCGACAGGUGUGUUACACACCUUAUGUGCUACACCUGAUCCCCGACAGGUGUGUUACACACUGUUGUACCUUAUGGGCUACACCUGACCCCCGACAGAUUAGAAUGGGCGAGAAAACAGCCGUAUCUAAGAAUAAUGACUGUUACUUCUACUACUACUCCACCUGUUCUAAGGGUGCGUCAUGUCCGUUUCGCCAUGAGCCAGCAGCCUUGAACAACCAUGUGUAUAUAUUGGCUGCAAGGGAACUGUAACAAGACCAACUGUAUUUUUAGACACAUGGAGAUUACAAAACAACGGGACAGAAUUGCUUGCUGGUUCGAGAGUCAGCCAGGAGGCUGCAGGAAGCCUCACUGUCCUUUCCAGCACCAGAAUAUUCUGGACCAUCCCAGAGAGGAAGACUUUAAGAAGAAGCCCGACUUGAUCUUACCGGUGAAGAAGGAGGACACACCGGAACCGGAGAAGCCGGUGGUGUUGACCCUGGAGACAGAGGUGCUCCCUACACCCACAGUAGAGCAGGGGAGUGCACCCUCCCGUCAACCACAGUACAGCACACCUAUCAUAGUUCCUCUCCAUGAUGGUGAGUCUGACUCAGAAAGUGUGUCUGCUUCACCCCAGAAGAGAAGAGAUUCCCAGCCAAGGCUCAGCGCUCAAAUGGAAUGGGAGCUGAGAAGAUUGAGACAAAUACAAGAACACGAAGCUAACCUGAUUGGCUAUACCUUUGAGGAAGAGCAAGAGAGUAAACAACAGACAAUAUCCAGAGGUGAUGAUGACAGUACCUCAAGGCUGGGUGAG